AUGGCCUGCUCCCAACUAAACUUGCCUAAAAUCUACUGGGGGAGGGUGAACUGGUCCGCUGAAAUAAGCGGGAGAACUGGUAGAAGCUCCAGAUUUCUUGCAACCUACAAUAGCCUUACGGACAAACACCUGGUUGGAUAUUUCAGCAAUACCAGGAGAAGACGACAUCUCCAGAGAUCAGGACUGAUCUCAAGGAGUGGAAGAAUAAUAUCUGAUAAAGAAUAUCGGCUAAAUGCCCUGAGGAGGGAUCAUCAAAGAUAUGUACAGGAGUGUCUGGCUCGGGCCAUAUUUCAUAAGGUCCUUGACAUGGAGCGUCAUCAUCAGCUGGAAAUAAAAAGGAAACUUGAAAAUUCUGUGAAGAAGGAGAGGGUGGAGAAAAUCAAGGUGAAACAAUCCAGAAGAUCAGUGGAAGGUGCUAGCCCUCUGCGCUCCCCACAUCCACCACUUGGUCCAAGAGGUCAUUAUGGGCUCCAUCCUUUAGUGGCUGGAGAACCAGCUGGUCACUUGCAACUGAGGGUACCUGGACCUGUAGUUGAUUAUAGUGGUGGGCAUCCUCCUCAUCAACACCGAUCCAAGGAGCCUGCCUUUUCUAAGAUGGUGACUCCAGGAAAUAUGCAACACCCGCUUCACCUUCCACCAGUUCACAGCUGUGCUGCAGUAGGGUCUGUACCAAAGACUUCAACCUCUAAACAGAAGUGCCGCGCACCUGAAAAUGAUGAGCAGUUUGCCAGUGGGGGGGAGAGGAGUGGGGUAAGACUUAUGAAUUCGAUGGAAUAUGCGACUGGUAUAUCCCCGUAUCAGCUCCCCGUCAUUAACAGUUACGCGAUACCAGUGCCACCUGCCCCCCCGCAAAAAGGAGACAAGAGCGUAAAUGCAGUGAGAAAUGGGGUGCCCAGAGGCAGACGAUUUCGCCCCACCACCGCACCAAAUGGCUUAGAGCAGCUUUUACCAAAGAAUUCUGGAGGAUUCCCUAAGCCCUCGUUACGCAGCAAUGCAUUUGUUACCAUGGUCUUUCUAGGAAAAAGUGUGCAUUUAUCUCAUGAUGACACUGAUUACAGAGAUGAAAUCAAAGUCUAUCAGCAGCAUUGUGGAGGAGAAAACCUUUGUGUCUACAAAGGCAAGCUAUUGGAAGGAGAGACCUUUCGGUUCAUCUCAAAAAGGCACCAUGGUUUCCCAUUCAGCCUCACCUUUUUUCUCAAUGGGAUACAAGUGGACAGGUUGAGCUGUUGCUGUGAGUACAAGCAUCAGAAGCGUUCCAGGCUGGGAGGCAGACAUGGAUGCUUCGGAUUUCUCAAUGUGGAGGGAGCAUCUCCUUGCUACCGGUGCAUUAUUGCAAUGGGUCUGGACAAAAAACCAUCCCCUCCCAAGAGGAAGAUGGAGAACCAUGAGGAAAAGCAUGUGGGUUCCCAGAGAGAUGAGGUGCACAGUGAACCAAGUAAAAGCAGUGUUGAGCAGAAAUCAAGGAAAGAUUCAGUGUUAGUCAUCUUACCAGGUCAUGGAGUGAGUGUGGAGACUACCGAGGACAAAAUGGAGACUGGACAGGAGUACAGAAAAGAAGAAAGGAAAAAACUGUCGGAUCGUGAGAGCGAAGGUAGUCAGGAAGACACCGGUAAAAAUGAGUAUGAUGAAGAUUUUGAAGCAGAUGAAGAAGUUAAUGAAGAGGGACAGACUGGUGAUCAAAUGAAUGGAGUGUCAAAGUCAUCCUCAGAUGAUAAAAAAUGUAUUUUAGACUAUGAAAAGGAGAGUAAAACCUCAUCACAGAAGACACUGCAGGCCUCUGAUGGUGAGAAAGAUGAAAGUGAUGGAUAUUCUGACAGUGACUCAGAGGAUGAUAAACAAGACAGGAGGCCUGCACGCUCUCUCUCAUCCAUCAGUACUCAGUAUAGCAGUGAAGAUGAUUCUCAUGCUGAAACGAUGAAAGACAAUAUUAAGGGCAAAGAGGAGUGUAAUAUCAAAAGGGCAUCUGAUACUGCGGCACAUGCACAAUAUGGAAAUGAGAAUGGGGAGAAGAAACUGCUCAGAAUGGAGGAAAAUCAGGAAACUUUUGCACUGGAAAAGGAAGGAAUAGAUGAAGCAGAAAAGGCAAAACCAGAGGAUCUAACAGCAAGGGAAGAUACUGGAAUUUUUCAUGAAAAUGUAAUGGCAAUACAGCAUCAAAGUCCUGAAGUUAAUGGGGAACUCAAAGAGGCUGGGUCAGUAGAAAGUAACGUAGUGGAAGAUGGGGACAAGAAUGCAAGUACCAGGAGGGAUGAUGGGGAGGAAAGUCUUCUGGCGCCUUUAGAAAGCAGUAUGACGGAAGUGGAGGACAGCAAUGAAGAGACUCCUCAGGGCGAUGAAGGAGGUGUUUUUGAAGAUUUCAAACCAGUCCAGGAGGAAAUAGCAAAGGUAACUGGAAAUGAUCAUCAUGCGAAUUCUGAACCUGAAACUGGUGAUUCCUGUGCAAAUGAGGAAGAAGAGAACCUAACAAGUACAGAGCGUGAUGCCAAUGAAGGUGAGGUUGAUGGAGCUUUCUUGGCAGAAGGAACAAGAACACUUGACGUGCAGAAGGCAGCAGAACAAGUGGUACGAGAAGGGCAGAUGGUAGCGGAGAGACAAGCACUUGAGAAGGAAGAGUUCGUUGCUGAGGGAGGAGAUGCUUGCACCAAAGAGGCAGAGGAAGAAACGGGACGGGUGGGAGAUUUGCUGCCCAAGGAAGACACGGUGGCUGUGCUGCAGGCGGAGAGUCCGCUUGAGGUGGAGGAAUCUGCACCUGAGGAGAGCGCCAUGGCAGGAGAUCCCAAUGGAAAGGGGACAGGGAAGGGAAUGGAGUCUGGCACAGGGGUGGCACCCGGGGAGCAGGAAGUUCUGAUGGAGGGGAUGGAAAGCGAGGCAGCACUGGGAGAGCGGGCAGCUGGGGGAGAGGGGCAAGCAGGGGCAGUGCUAGGCAGGGAGGCAGAUGGAGCGGUGUCCGAGGGGGAGGAGGUGGCUGGGGAGGUCUCUGUGGGAGAAGAGGCUGCAGAGGAGGCCUCUGAGGCAAAGGAGGCUGCGGGAGCCACAGAGCCUCUGGUGAAGGAGGUGGUGGGUGAGAUGGUGUCUGAGGCAGAGGAGGCCAUGGAGGAGGGAGGUUUUGCAGGGAAGGGUGUCGUGGUGGGUGCUGUGUCUGAGGGAGAGGAGGCUGUGGAGGAUGCCAGCUUGGCAGAAGAAGGGGUUGCCAGGGUAGCUGGCCCCAAAGGAGAAGGGUCUGUAGAAGAAGCCAUUUCUGAAGGGGAGGAGGCUGUGGAGAAGCCUGGGGCUCUCCUGGAAACAUCAGGGGAUGCAAAUGUUUGCACAGGAGAAGCAAUGCCUGGAGGAGAAGACUUUGUAAAGCCAAAUGAGUUUUCCGAGCUGAAGGCAUCAGGGGAAGAGUGUCUGGUGAUGGGGAAAGCUGCCAUAGGAGCAGCAACAUCUGAGACAGACAAGGCAUCAGAGGUAGAAGAGAGCUCUCUCCUGAGAGCAGUGGAUACAGUGGAGGAGUGCGUGGAGCCCAGCAAGGGUCCCAUCUUGCAGGUAGCACCUGGAUUAGAAGCACUGGUGGAUGCUGGAGGGGAUCCCGUAAGUGAAGGGUCAUCUCAGUUGGAGGAGACCACAACAGCAGAGGAGGAGGAGGGCUCAGCAGAAGCGCUUUUGAGUGGAAACUCAUCUCUAGGCAGCAAAGCGAAUACAGAGAGUGCAAUGGAAGAAAAACCUGAUGGAGGGGUGAUGGGAGUAUCUGCGGAGACAGCCAGAGCCGAGUCAGGAGGGGGAGAGGAGGUCACGGGUGGAGCAGCAGGUCCAAGGGAGCUGGCAGCUGGGAUGGAGGGAUCGCCGGAGUGUGCUGAAGAGAGAGGGAAGGAGAGGCUUCCUGGAUGCUGUAACCCCAGACGCAGUUGUUGUGCCUGCGGUGCAGCCCCAGGAUGGGGAAGAAACCCUCCCCUAAGCUUUUUCUGCAGCUCCUCAGUGCUGUGUCCUGCAACAUUUAUACAAAUCGCUGUAGAUUUGUGCCGGUUGGGAUUCACUCCUUUAUUUUACUCCACGAGUACGACAACCAUCUGUCACGUUUUACUAGAGCAGCUUCUCAAUGUGCAGCAGACAAAUGAAAUACCUGUAUAUGCCAGCCCAGGAAACAGCCCUCCUUCGUAG